AUGAAGAAACAAUCAAAAAGGUCUUCUAAGUCAGAUCCUUUACUGGAAGACACUUGGAAUAAGAAUACUACAACUUAUCAAUCAAUUGCCGAAUGUGGUUAUGAAAGUGAUGGAAGAUCAGUAUCUAGUGCAGAUUUAACUUCCACUAGAUUUAGAUUGCUUACUGCUACCAGUAGUGAUGAACAACUAGAUGACGAUGGUACUACAACUACAAGUGACGAGGUCAGGUUUAUUUUAAAGAACUCAUUACCCAUAACAUUAACAUUUUUUAUGGAAUAUUCCAUGACUAUAAUAUCAUUAUUUAUUAUUGGGCAUUUAAGGUGUGCUAGUGAGUUAGCAAGUGCAUCCCUUGCGGUUAUGACGUAUAAUAUUACUGGUUUAUCAGUAAUAGAGGGUUUGGCAUCGUCUUUAGAUACCUUCUGUUCGCAGGCAUAUGGCGCGCAAAAAUAUAGUAAGGUGGGGCUAUAUUUCCUUCGAUGCUCAGCUAUGAUCAUUGUUGCCUCAGUAUUUUUGAUUGGACCCUGGUGGUACAGUAGCAUUUGGUUAGGGUACUUGAUUCCUGAGAAGAAUCUACUUGGCCACGUGCAGCAGUAUCUAAGGAUUAUGACAGCUGGUAUUCCUGGUAUUGUUCUAUUCGAGACGGGAAAGCGGUACUUGCAAGCACAGGGCCAUUUUAAACCAAGUACGUAUGUUUUGGUGAUUGUUGUGCCAGUAAACAUUCUGCUAGUGACUCUGUUUACGAAAUGGUUUGGAUUUGUCGGGGCACCAGUUGGUAUAGUCAUUUCCCAAUGGUUAAUGGCCCUGCUUCUCCUGACAUAUGCCCUUUAUUUUAUACCUCAGACUUCUCAGUGCUGGUAUCCAUUCACCGAUAGUUGGUUUCACUUCAAACGUGUAUUUUCAAAUUGGAGGCCGAUGUGCAGAUUGGCGUUCCCAGGGCUAAUGAUGAUUGAAGCCGAAUAUCUAUCUUUUGAGGUGUUGACUAUAAUGUCUACGUAUUUUGGUGUUAAGGCUAUUGCCGCUCAGACUGUUAUUGCGAAUAUAGGAUCUUUGGUAUACCAGAUUCCAUUUGCGAUGGGCUGCGUAGUGUCAACCAGAAUUGCGAACCACAUUGGAAUGAGCCUGCCCCGGAAUGCAAAGACUGCGGUUAAGGCGACAUAUUAUGUGAGUUGUCUGGUUGGUGUUGGGAAUCUGUUGUUAAUUGCGCUGUUCAAUAAACCUCUUGCAAGAAUGUUUACGAAAGACGAAGAGGUUAUUGAGCUGGCCCACAGCGUUUCUUAUAUUCUUGCAUUAAAUCAAUUGUAUGAUGCUUUUACUACAUUUGGAACUGCUAUAUUGCGAGGGCAGGGUAGACAACGACUUGGAGGGGUGUGGAACAUUAUCGCUUAUUACUUUUUCGCAAUACCAUUAAGUGGAUGGCUUGCAUUUGGACCAUUACAUAUGGAACUUAUCGGACUUUGGUUAGGUUGUGGUGCGGGCAUACUAUUAUUAUCAGUGGUUUUUUCGUGGUAUAUCUACAGCAGUUCUUGGGAUAAUAUUGUGCGUGACUUCUUGCAAAGAGAGGCUGAGGACCUUGAAAUAGAUAUAGAAAGUAUGGCAAGCGCAAGUACCAGUGCCAGUGUCUUCAGUCAAUCCGAAAACGAGAUUUAG